CCCGGCAUCCACCGCGGCACCGCCCUGUUAUCUCAUUGACGGUCAGCGGGGAGGCCUUUCCACAUCUAGCUACAUUAAAAAAAAAACCAACAACAACCCAAAAAACUUGAGCACUGUGUACAUACCUGAUGGACACCUCAAGUGUUUCAAUGGCGCUAUCAGGAAGUACCACUAGCAACCAUACCCUGAACUCAACAGGUGGUGGUUCAUGGGAGAUCAGUGACAAGGCCAAGCUUUGUCGCUUCCUCUGCUAUGGCUCAGAGGGAGCCUUGUACAGUACCAGAGAGAAUGGUCACAUCAGAGUGGAGAAGACUGGAGCCCUGCAGUCCAUGCUCCAGGAGAAACAAGGCGCUGAGGUGUUGGAGGAAAUAAAAAGGUUCGCUCAGGAUGGGCAAGCUGUCAGACUAGAGCCCUCCAUUUUUGCCUUGGCUUUGUGCUCCCAAAACCCAGACGUGAACACCAAACAGGCAGCGUUCAAAGCCCUGAAGGAUGUUUGUCGUGAGCCUGCCCAUCUGUUUUCUUUCAUCAAGUACAAGAAGGAAUUAAAAGAGCACAUGAAAUGUGGGAUAUGGGGGCGUGCCCUGAGGAGAGCACUGUCUGACUGGUACAAUGAGCAAGAUGCCAUGAGUCUAGCUGCUGCAGUGACCAAAUGUAAGCAGAGAGAGGGCUGGUCACACCAGGAUCUGCUCAGACUCUCCCACACUAAACCAGCUAGAGAUGCUAUUGCCUUGAUCAGCAAAUAUGUAACAAAAGGGUGGAAAGAGGUCCAGGUUGCUCAUGAAAACAAAGAGAACGCCGAAGAGGUUAUCAGGGUGCUUUCAUAUCUUGAAGUGGUGGAAAAGGUAAAGCACAGUCGGGAUGAAACUGAGGUCGUCACUUUAAUAGAGGAACACAAGCUUGAGAGGGAACAGCUGCUGACCGAGCAUCUGAAGUUUAAACAGGUAUGGAGCGCUUUGUUGAAGGAAAUGCCUCUCCAUUCGGUGGUAAAGAUGUUAGGUAGGCUGACAUCUGGCAAAGUUCUUGAACCGGGAAGCUCAGAAACACAGUUUUUAUGUGACAGAAUUCAAAGUGAGACGGCACUAAAACAGGCAAAGAUCCACCCUUUCAGUAUACUUUUGGCUACAGAAAACUACAAAAAAGGCCAUGGCUAUCAGGGUAAACCGAAAUGGGAAGCAGACCGCAACAUCCUUAAAGCUAUGGACUCUGCCUUUUACAAGAGCUUUAUGAAUGUGGAGCCUGUGGGUAAAUGCUUUGUUGUAGCAGUAGAUAUGAGCGGGUCAUCGAGCAGCAUUGUCCCAGGAACGUCGAUCAGCACUGCUGCUGCUGCAGCCGCUAUUGCCAUGAUUUUUGCAAGGACGGAGGCUGACACACAUGUGCUUGUCUACUCUGAAGAGGCUAUGGUACCAUUCUCUAUUUCUGCUGAUAUGACUCUCAAAGAAGCAACCGAUGAACUGGUUAAGAGCAUGAGAGAAAGGGGUGCCUUUAUGUUGCAGUUCCAGAGUGAGAGCAGAGACUGCACCGUUCCCAUUCAAUGGGCCACGGAGAACAGGAAAGCUGUAGAUGUGUUCGUCACUUUGAGCAACAACCCACUGUGGAUGCUUACUGCCAGCCCAGUGGAGUCUCUGAAGAAGCACAGAGAAACAUCAGGAGCUAAUUCGAAGCUGGUGAUGUGUGACCUGACUAACAUUGGAAUUGCCAUCUCAGACACAGAAGACCGGGGUUUGCUGACCAUCUCUGGCUUCAACCUUGGAGUUUUAGUGUCAUUCGUAAUUUGGCUGAUCUGAUCUGAUAAGAUUUCUGGGACUUUUCCUGAGUAAUGUAAUGAGUGUAGAAUAUGAAGGCCAAUUCAACAUUUGUAGCAAGAGGUUGGCAGGUUAAGGGGAACAAUGCAUGAGUCACAGUUAUAGGGUGUUUGCAGAUGUAGGUUUACUUCGGGGGGGUUACCUGUAGUCUUCAACAUGCAUGCAGCAACAUGCAGUUAGCAGGUUUGAUGUAGAGAUACUUAACAUCAAUGAAAGAGAAACCUGACACAAAGCACACAAAGUCAAUGGUAAAACUUGGAGUUGCUUUUUAUUGUGUUAAUUUCACAGAUUUCUUAGAUCAGAAAAGUUUUUUUCCAAGUAUUAACAUCUUGGAUUCCUUUUACACAGUCUUUGCUUUAGCUUAGCCACAAAUUUUAGUUGUUCUAACAUUUGUUUGACCCUAAGCCCAGUUUAUUGUUUUAAAGCUGAGUUUUCCGUUUUCUUCUCGUGAGGUUAUACUUUAAAACAAAUGUGGUGACACUUUUUAUAAAGUAAAUUUGGAUUCAGUUUUAACAACACACUAAUGCCAAUUUUUGGGGGGUUUUUUGUGUGUGUGUGAAAAGUUUGUGUUUCAGUCUGAAUUCUAUGCAUCAGAAUUUACAUUUUACUGUAAGAAAGUACUGUAAUAAGCUUUACUUAUCACGGUGUCAUUUCGUCUUCAUAAAUAAAAGAAUAAACUGACCAUGUAACUGUGAAGGAUGUUUGUCCCAACAUGCUGAUGUUUUCAUUUUUAAUUUUAAAGCAACAUCCAACAUAUAAAAUAUUUAUAACAUGACUGUUGACACAGCGUUUUAGGAGAUGGACAUGAAAUUUGGUCGUUCUCAAGUGUUUCACAACCAUUCUGUUGUAUCUGUCCUGCUUAACAUGUACCUACUGUAGCGGCGAUGUAAAGCCCUUCCUAAUAAACAACUUGCUGCUCUGGAAA